CAAUUGCGCGCAAUCCAUCGGCGGCGACGGUUGUGUGCUGAAAAAUCCUCACAAAAGUGUUUAACAUAAACUUCUGACUUAAGAAAUAAAAGUAAAUUGUGUAAAUAGUAACUGCGGAUCGAGGAAGUUAAAGCCCCGGCACGACGAUGGUGUGUUAAACAUUUCUGUGCUGUGUUCGUUUGUCUUUCGAUCUCAAUUUCGCAACACAGGUCUGUUCAUUACGAGGUAUUCAACUCAGAAGUGUAUUUUUAAUUUGCAAUUUGCGCUUUUUAUGUUUUGUUACUUUGGUAAACUUUCACCAAAUGUCUGUAUCAAGUUUAAGUGUAUAGCCACUCUUUUAGGUUGUGAGACGCGUAAAAGUUUUUGCUAUCGAAAAACAUAAACCAAAAAUAAAUAUUCUAAAAGUUAUUCUUUGAUAAAACUUAACUAAAUUCCUUUGAAAAUUAUUUGAACAGACCUCGUAACUUACCUAGUUUAUGUAAGUUGCAUAGCUUAUUAAUGAAAUGAAAAACAAAUACAUAUACAGGGUUAAAGGUGAAUCUGAAGGAGGAAUGGAGCACCUGUCGCACUUAUAUCCUCCGCAGCUGCCAAAAGGGCGUGGCCGGCCUCGGGCCACAUACGCACAAACGGGCGAAUUCGAUUUGGGUCUGAUCCGGGAAUACCGAUCACAUCCAGUGCUCUACGAUAGGACCAACAAGCGGUUUAAGGAUAAGCUGUAUGUGGCCCAAAUAUGGGAUCAGAUAUCCCACAAACUAGGCUACGAUGCCACAAGUUUACGGGAACGGAUGACCACUUUAAGGAACCGCUAUAAUAUAGAGAAGCGACGCGUCGAAAAUGGUCUAUCGACACAAGCAUCACAAUGGCCGCUGUUUGAAAGCCUUCAGUUUUUGGGGGAUCACAUUCGGCCCAGGCGCAGCUUUAAAAACAUGAGUAUGAAGGAGGAAGAUGAGGAGCACUACGAGGUGGACGAUUGCCAGAGUGACAGUAACGGGCAUAUGGCUAGCGUCAAGGACGAACUGGACGAUGACUGCGAAAUCUUCGAUUGCGAACAGGCACUGCCAGUUACCACUGUCCUGGGGGUUCCUAACUCUGACGAAGUAAACAAAAGCCAACGUUCUAUGAACGGCGAAAUGGCCAAUGGCAAGGGCUACAAUCACUAUGCGGAAAGCUAUCAUCGACGACAUCAAAAUCAGCCAGAAUACAUUAUCGGAAGUCCGAUGAUUAACAAUCCCAAAAGCAAUAAGCGUGGAGCACAGCCUGUGGAGGAUCAUCCGUCGAAGCGGCGGAUAGAUGAAGGUCUUUCGAUUUCCGGUUUCUAUCCCGCACAACCUUUAGCCCCUUUACCGCCGGCAUAUGCCAAGUUCCGAGGAUUUGGCGAGUUUAUGUGCCACUCACUGUGCGAUAUGCCGGCGCCCACCGCCUUGCGUCUGGUCCAGAAGUUUACCCGCGAACUGGUCCAAAGCUCCAUACGCAACGAGGGCAGCGGCAGCAAACGGAAGUCAGAUCAGGCCGACCAGAGCAGCGAGUCGCAGGAGGAGGACGAAUAGAUAUUAAGUUGCACUUUUAAUUACGGGUAGGGACAUUGGCACGCGUGUCUACAUAUAUGCAUAUAGCAUAAUAGCCGCAUUAAUGACAAAAAAGAUUACUCCAUAUAUGAUUUAAUUAUACUCUUUUGAGUCUUCUAGCCUCGCAGUAACGGAGGUGGAAGAUCCAAGCAUUUCAUUUAAUUAACAUAAUGGAAAAAAUACACUUA